AUGUCUAGCCGUGAGGGCUCCGAUGAGGAGCUCUUAUUUGAUGGUAGAGAGAACAUAAGGCCCCAGGUCCUUGCGCUGAACGUUGAGACGCACAAUGACAGAGUCUUGCGAUGUAUUGCUAGUUCGGACAUGCCAAUGAAUGCUGACGAAACCCAAAGGAAAGAAGAUCAAAUUGCGCCGACAAUUGCGACAUGGAGGUCCAAUCUGGCAGCUUCCUCACAGAGACGAAACUUAUUAUUCGCGGCAUACGGAUCCGACAUUUAUGUCUGGAUACCGACGGGUCCUUUUCAGCUUUUGGGCACUGACCCUGAGAUGAUUAUCCGUCCCGUGAUGGAUGACCCGGUUGCAAGCGGAUAUAUUGAUCGAUCAAAUCCACAUACUAUCAAUAAUAUCUUGGUGGACGACCUUGGCCGAGACGAGAUACUACUGCUCGUCACCGACUCUGGUAAUGUGUGCGCCUACCACGUGGAAGCGAUUCACUCCGCCGUGACCCGAUGCAUCAGCCGGGGAGACAAGCGACCAUUCGAUGGUGCAGAAGUGACACCGUUUCUGACGGAGAAUGUUGGCAUGAGUGCUUGGGGGCUGGCAACGCAUAAAUAUGCUCGUCUUAUUGCCGUCAGCGCCAACACCGGCCAGAUCACGAUAUUCGCCUUCGCGCUUGUGGAUUCUACAUCAGUCGACGAUAAAAAUGGUUUACAAUCUUCUUCGAAUCAAGAUCUUGAUCACCUGGAUCGGACGUGGGUUCACAUCCAUAGCCUGAAGCAGUUCCGGGAACUUCGGGAGUUGAUGCCGGUCAAUCAUCGAUCCCAGAACUUACGGCUUACUUACAGGGGCCACUUUGACAACAUCCCGUCCAUUUCAUUUGCGAAUUUUGAUCUGGAUCCCAAUGGUGAAUGGAUGGUCAGCACGGAUAUUAGCAAUAGAGUCAUAGUCUGGCGAGUCUGGGACAGUUUAUACCCAAACCAGGUAUAUUACCCUGGCCACCCUGAGAACAAUCCUCCCCAAAGGGGCUGGACUGUGCUACCGCUAGAUCCGCGAACCUUCAAACGCCAUCAAUCCAAAGAAGAAGCAUGCGGCUGUGAGCCAAGGUCUGAAAUCAUCGGGGACCGAACGAUCCUUGAUGUCUCAAAAGCAAUCGAAGAGAUCAAUGAUGCGUCUCAGGUCUUCGUUUUCGGUGACGGCGAACCGAAGACUCCGGAAGAUUAUACCCUCCCCGAUGAAAUAUUUUCAGAGAACCCGUUUAUCGGACAGGAUCCGAAAUACCUCGAACAAAGCAAUACUGAAGAUGGCGCUGUGCGUCACGAUACCUCCGAUCCAUAUGCAGACUCAGAAGAUGAGCCUGGAUUAUCUCAUGCUAUCCGGGAUAACAGUCGGCUAUCGGGCCUGUUCGAAGAUGACAAUGAACACUACCGAAUUGCUCCGCACCUGCAUUAUUCCUGUGCCAAUGACCAGCUCUCCGACUCUGGUUCCAACAUUCUAAAGGAACAACCUGUUCACCCACGCUUCCCCUCUUUCUUCCCCGUCAUCCACUUCUCCGAGCAUCAUAUUAGCCUUGCGUCAUACCCCUUGGAUUCUGAAUAUCAUUUGCUGUGCAAAAACCCCCUUGCUCAAAGAUCAUCCCCCUCUAUCGACAUCCACUCCGCCUGUGACCGCUUUAACAUGGUCAAGUAUAUUCCGGAGGUCGGCAUCGUGGUUGCCGCGUCGCAAAAAGGCCGUGUUGCCAUCAUCUCCCUGACCUGGCAACAGGAAAUCGGCUUCGCCUUCCGAGUUGACUGGAUCGUACCUUUCCUCACCCAGGAAUUCCGCAACCAACGACCUGUAAUCCCCUUGCUCGGCCUCGCCGUGAGUCCCAUGCCAGGUUUCGAAAUCCCACAAGACGUUCCCUGCAUCCCCCAGGGAAUCGACCCAGCCGACUGGCUUUCUUUCAACUAUCGUUCCCUCGACCCGGACGAGGACGACGAAGCACCGUCUUAUCCGCUUUCAUCUAACCCCUCGUAUCAUCAAGAGCCAUACCCUGCAUCGUGUCCCAAACCAACAGACCAGAGCAUGUCAAGAUCGGGCUCAGGUCCUGAAUCCGAAGCUGAACCUGAACUCGAAUCAGAGUCCGAAGAAUCAUCUGAAGUUAUCUCAAUAUCCGGCCGUGUCAGUUAUGAACAUACAUUGCCGGAGCUUCACGCCCAAGCGUCGUUGGGCUAUCGACCCGAUGAGCCCUGGCAUGGCUCACAUGCCUCGCGACACUACCGCGUUCUCUUGUUGUAUGCUGAUCAUACCGUGAUGAGCUACGAAUUCUGGCACGACUGGAAUAAUUGA